CCUUAUUCCACAAAAUGAACCUUAAAGAUGCUUCUCUUCUCUCUCUCUCUCUCUUUCUCUCUGUCUCUCUCUGGUCCUAUAAUCCAAGUUGUUCGAGGUGAUUACAGCAAGCUAUAGGAAAAGAAGUAUUGCUGCAGCCUGCAGGCAACAUGGCAGAGGAAAAUACUGCCCAUGGAGAUAUGAUCACAGAGCAGGCCGCAACAUUGACAAGCCAUGCAAUGGUAGAUUCAGGAAAAAACUCAGAAAGUAGAGAGAAAAGGAAAGAUUCAAACAAGACCAAAGGGAAAGAGAAAACCACUAACACAGUGCCAUAUUACAAGCUUUUCUCCUUUGCUGACUCCCUGGAUUAUCUAUUAAUGUCUGUUGGCGCAGUUGCUGCUGUUGGAAGUGGAAUCUCUAUGCCUUUCAUGACCAUAAUCUUUGGUGAUUUGGUUGAUUCUUUCGGAAGAACUACCAAUACCAAAGAUGUAAUUCAUGAGGUUUCCAAGAUGUCCCUAAAAUUUCUGUACUUGGCUAUGGGAUCCGGUACGGCAUCAUUUCUUCAGAUGGCUUGUUGGAUGGUCACUGGGGAGAGACAGGCUGCACGAAUUAGAAGUUUGUACUUAAAAGCUAUUUUGAGGCAAGAUAUUGGCUUUUUUGACAAGGAAACAAAAUCUGGGGAAAUAGUUGGGAGGAUGUCAGGAGACACUGUUCUUAUUCAAGAUGCACUGGGUGAGAAGGUUGGGAAGUUCAUACAGUUGGUAGCAACAUUUGUAGGAGGCUUUGUUGUAGCAUUCGUGAAGGGAUGGCUUCUUGGCCUGGUCAUGCUAUCUGCUAUUCCACCUCUUGCCAUCUCUGGUGCUGUCAUGAGCAUCAUGAUAGGAAAGCUGGCUUCCCGUGGGCAAGAUGCUUAUUCAGUGGCAGCUACUGUAGUAGAGCAGACUAUUGGUUCUAUCAGAACUGUUGCAUCAUAUACAGGGGAGAAGAAAGCUAUAGCUAAAUACAAUGAGUCCUUAACCAAAGCUUACAAGUCUGGUGUCCAAGAGGGACUGGCUGCUGGGUUGGGACUUGGUGCAGUUAUGUUUAUUGUAUUCUGCAGUUAUGCUCUGGCUAUAUGGUUUGGAGGGAAAAUGAUAGUUCACAAAGGAUAUACGGGAGGAGAUGUCAUUAAUGUCAUAUUUGCCGUUCUAACUGGCUCCUUGUCUCUUGGGCAGGCAUCGCCAUGCAUGAGCGUUUUUGCUGCUGGACAAGCUGCAGCCUUUAAGAUGUUUGAGACGAUUAACAGGAAGCCAAAGAUAGAUGCUUACGACUCUAAUGGACGGGAAUUAAAUGAUAUUCGUGGAGAUAUAGAGCUGUGGGAUGUUUAUUUUAGUUAUCCUGCAAGACCUGAAGAACAAAUAUUCAGUGGAUUUUCUCUUUCAAUUCCUAGUGGUACAACUGCUGCUUUGGUUGGACAGAGUGGAAGUGGGAAAUCAACAGUUCUCAGUUUGAUUGAGAGAUUUUAUGACCCCCAAGCUGGUGAAGUUCUUAUUGACAAAAUUAAUAUCAAAGAAUUCCAACUAAAAUGGAUCAGACAGAAAAUAGGCCUUGUCAGCCAGGAACCUGUGCUGUUUACUUCUAGCAUUAAAGACAAUAUUGCAUAUGGUAAGGCAGGUGCAACUACUGAAGAGAUAAGAGCAGCCGCUGAGCUGGCCAAUGCUGCUAAAUUCAUAGAUAAACUGCCUCAGGGACUAGACACAAUGGUUGGUGAGCAUGGAACUCAGUUAUCAGGGGGCCAAAAGCAGAGAGUUGCUAUAGCCAGAGCAGUUUUGAAAGACCCAAGGAUUCUACUUCUAGAUGAAGCCACAAGCGCUCUUGAUGCGGAAUCUGAGAGAAUUGUGCAGGAGGCAUUGGACAGAAUUAUGAACAACAGAACAACCAUUAUUGUUGCCCAUCGCUUGAGUACAGUAAGGAAUGCUGAUACAAUUGCUGUCAUACAUCAAGGAAAAGUUGUUGAAAAAGGUACACAUUCUGAGCUAAUUAAGUACCCUGAAGGAGCAUAUAGCCAGCUUAUACAAUUGCAAGAUAUUAGCACAGUUUCAGAACAAAAUGCUUUAAAUGAUCAAGACAGGUCAGAACUUACUGUGAAUUCUGGAAGAAAUUCAAGUCAGCAGUUUUCUUUCUUACGAUCGAUAAGUCGGGAAUCAUCUGGAAGUGGAAACAGUAGUCGUCACUCAUUCUCAAUCCCAUUUGGUGUACCCACUAAAAUAAGUGUGCUGGAAAAUGAAACUGCAGAAACUAAUGCUCCUGCUUCAGCACCAACCCAGCCGCCUCCAGAAGUCUCACUUCGCCACCUGGCUUAUCUCAACAAGCCAGAGAUCCCAGUGUUGCUUCUAGGCACUCUAGCUGCAGCCGCCAAUGGAGUACUUUUACCUGUUUUUGGGAUACUAAUCUCCAGUAUAAUCAAAACUUUCUAUGAGCCAAGAGAUAAGCUGCAGAAUGAUUCAAAAUUUUGGGCAUUAAUCUUUGUUGUGCUUGGUGUGGCAUCUCUAUUGGCUCAACCAUCAAGAUCAUACUUAUUUGCUGUUGCCGGUUGUAAGUUAAUCAGGCGGAUCCGGUCAAUGUGCUUCGAGAAAGUAGUUUAUAUGGAAGUAAGUUGGUUUGAUGAAGCUGAGCACUCAAGUGGUGCACUUGGUGCAAGGCUCUCCACAGAUGCAACUUCUGUGAGAGGUCUGGUUGGAGAUUCACUUUCCUUGCUUGUUCAAAAUAUUGCAACUGCUAUUGCUGGCUUGGUUAUUGCCUUCACAGCAAACUGGCAACUGGCUUUGAUAGUCCUUGUUUUGCUGCCUCUCAUUGGAGUAAAUGGAUAUGUCCAAAUAAAGUUCAUGAGAGGAUUCAGUGCAGAUGCAAAGAAAAUGUACGAAGGAGCAAGUCAAGUUGCAAAUGAUGCAGUAGGGAGUAUAAGAACAGUUGCUUCUUUCUGUGCUGAGGAGAAGGUGAUGGAAUUGUACCAUAAAAAAUGUGAAGGCCCUAUUAAGGCUGGAAUAAGGCAAGGGCUAAUCAGUGGAGUAGGCUUUGGGCUAUCAUUCUUCUUGCUGUUUUCUGUCUAUGCAUGCAGUUUUUAUGCUGGGGCUCGACUUGUUGAGCAUGGCAAGACAACAUUCCCUGAUGUUUUUCGUGUUUUCUUUGCUCUCACCAUGACAGCAGUGGGAAUUUCUCAGUCAGGCUCCUUGACCCCUGAUGCAAGUAAAGCAAAGAGUUCUGUUGCUUCUUUAUUUGCAAUUCUUGACAGGAAAUCAAAGAUAGAUUCUAGUGAUGCAUCCGGGACAACAAUAGAAAAUGUGAAGGGAGAUAUUGAGCUUCACCAUGUCAGCUUUAGGUAUCCCACUAGACCUGGCAUUCAAAUAUUCCGGGACCUUUGCUUGGCUAUUCAUUCUGGCAAGACGGUUGCUCUGGUUGGCGAAAGUGGAAGCGGAAAAUCAACUGUGAUCUCAUUGCUGCAGAGGUUUUAUGAUCCUGAUGCAGGGCACAUUACACUGGAUGGAAUUGAAAUCCAAAAGCUACAGCUGAAGUGGUUAAGGCAACAAAUGGGUUUGGUGAGCCAGGAGCCUGUGUUAUUUAAUGACACUAUCCGAGCCAACAUUGCCUAUGGAAAGGAGGGAAAUGCAACAGAAGCAGAAAUUUUAGCUGCAGCUGAAUUGGCAAAUGCCCACAAGUUUAUUAGCAGUUUGCAGCAGGGAUAUGACACAACAGUAGGUGAGAGAGGGGUCCAAUUGUCUGGGGGCCAAAAGCAAAGAGUGGCAAUAGCAAGAGCCACAGUGAAGGCUCCCAAAAUGUUAUUACUAGAUGAAGCCACCAGUGCUCUUGACGCGGAGUCAGAACGAGUGGUUCAAGACGCAUUGGAUCGGGUUAUGGUUGACCGGACCACGGUGAUAGUGGCUCACCGUUUGUCAACAAUCAUGGGAGCCGAUUUAAUCGCCGUGGUCAAAGAUGGAGUCAUAGCAGAGAAAGGAAAGCAUCAAACUUUAAUCAAUAUCAAGGAUGGAAUUUAUGCUUCCUUGGUAGCAUUACAUAAAAAAGCUUCUUCAUCUUAGCAAGCAAGCAUGAAGUAGGCUUCAUGCUACUACUUGUCUUUCUACAGAACAGAAAGUAUUAUGAUAAAAAUCUUACCCUUUGAAUUGAGUGAUCAA